UCUCUCUCUCUCCAAUCUCUCAUUUUCCUACUCAAUCAUCAUCUUCCUUGUGUAGAAACCAAAGCUAAAUAAGCCCCACAAAACUAAAACCAACAACAGCAACCACUUAACAGCCAUUUCAAGAAACCAUUAGAUUCCCAUAAAUAAAGGGACUAAACUUUACAUAUUAUCCAACUCCUUUCAUUGCCACCCUUUUCCCUUCAUUUCUUCUUUUCUUCAUUUCUUCUUUUCUCCAUUUGACAAGAUGGGUGGAAAAAAGAAGGAAUUUUUCAAACCCUAACACUUAGUUUUUUUCAAUAAAAAAAAGUUGCUGAUUUUUGCCUAAAAAAAAGAAAAAACAAGAGAUACCCAAAUUGGGGUAUGCUCGAAAAUCCAAGAUUUCCUAAAUAUAAUGUCCCAAAUGAAGCACAUUGACAAUAUUCCAUCAACCCCUGGAAAAUUCAAAGAAAAAUCACCUUAUAAUAGGUUUAGGCUACAUUUUUCUUUAACCAAGCUCACUUUUUGGUCAUUUGUUUUCUUGGGGUUGAUCUUUAUAUGCUUUUUCAGAUCACCAGCGUCUUCUUCAUCACCAAAUGCAUCUUCAGAUCUUUCAAGAAGAUCUCUUAGAACCAGCAAUUAUGAUAAUCCAACUUGGGAAAAAAGAAUUAAAUCCUCAGCUAAAAUCAGGUCAAGAAAUGGUAUUUCUGUUUUGGUUACUGGUGCUGCUGGUUUUGUAGGCACACAUGUAUCGGCUGCGUUGAAACGUCGAGGUGAUGGCGUUGUGGGGUUGGAUAAUUUCAACGAUUAUUAUGAUCCGUCGUUGAAAAGAGCCCGGCAAGCUCUGUUAGAGCGUGCCGGGAUGUACAUUGUUGAGGGUGACAUUAAUGAUGUCAGCCUCUUGAAGAAAUUAUUCGACGUUGUUCAAUUUAGUCAUGUUAUGCAUUUGGCUGCACAAGCAGGUGUAAGGUAUGCCAUGGAAAAUCCUAGCUCAUAUGUGCAUAGUAACAUUGCUGGCUUGGUUAAUUUGCUUGAGGUUUGCAAAAGUGCUAAUCCUCAACCUGCUAUUGUGUGGGCAUCGUCGAGUUCUGUAUACGGAUUAAACACGAAAGUACCCUUUUCAGAAACCGAUAGGACAGACCAGCCUGCUAGUUUAUAUGCGGCAACUAAAAAAGCUGGUGAGGAAAUUGCUCAUACAUAUAAUCAUAUAUAUGGCCUUUCGCUUACUGGAUUGAGAUUUUUCACGGUUUAUGGACCAUGGGGUAGGCCCGAUAUGGCUUACUUCUUUUUCUCAAGGGAUAUUUUGAAGGGAAAGUCAAUUCCUAUAUUUGAGGCAGCUAAUCAUGGCACUGUUGCUAGGGACUUUACUUACAUUGAUGAUAUAGUAAAGGGUUGUUUGGCGGCAUUGGAUACAGCAGAAAAGAGUACCGGAAGUGGUGGGAAAAAGAAAGGCCCUGCUCAAUUGCGAGUGUUCAAUUUGGGCAACACUAGUCCUGUGCCUGUUUCUGAUCUUGUCAGUAUUUUGGAAAGGUUGUUAAAGGUAAAGGCUAAAAGAUUGGUGAUGAAGUUGCCAAGGAACGGUGAUGUGCAGUUUACUCAUGCGAAUAUAAGCUAUUCACAAAGGGAGCUUGGAUAUAAGCCUACAACAGAUUUGCAGACGGGGCUGAAGAAAUUUGUUCGAUGGUACCUCAGUUACUAUGGCGAUGGAAAGAAAAGCGCCCAGUGAUGAUACAUUCUUUCAAUUGUGCGGUAGGAGUACUCCAAUUCUUGAUCAUUUUCAUUCUUGUUAUUGUAUUAGCCACGAUUUUAUUGCUUUCAUAUAUUCUAAUGAUGCGAUAAAAGGAGCAAAUAUCCGAUCCCACGAUGAAGUUGUGUGAUAGAUGGACAUUGUUUUCCAGGAAAUUUAAUACUGUAUCAAAUGCAAACUGAAACCAACUUUUGCCACUUCCAGGAAUGCCAUUGUUGUAGUUUAUAGAUUCAUGAUUGAUAGGCAACUGCUGAUUAUGGA